AUGGAAGCAAAACCUUCUUUAUCUAUUCAAAGAUCAGGUCCAAGACAACUUAGUAACUUUGGGGUUUCUGGUACUAUGUCGUCUUCUUUUCCUGUUCAGCAGAUUCAAAGAAAUCUGCUGCUUCGAAUAGAAGAACAAAGGCAUCACCUUCAGAUGAUGUUUGAGAAGCAGUGCAAGUCGGGCAUGAACAUGCUCAAGGGGACUUCAUCUGCGACUGAGAACUCCUUAAAGGAGUUCAUAGAUUCAGUGGGAAAUGCUCUAUCCAAAUCUGAUUCAGGAGUACCAGUCGACAGUAGGGAAACAGGCAGGAAAUCAUCUAAUGUACCAGAAAGGGAAAAUUCACGGGAUGUGGGAGAGAAACAUAAAGCUCACUAG